GGAUUUUGUGGUCCUUAGAUUGAGUCAGUAGGUCGUGUCAGUCAGAGGGUAGGUCUAAGUGGUGAGGAGUGGGACAAUCUCUGUCGUGCACCUAACACCAUGGACGAUUACCCUAUGUACGGCUUGCUCGUGGGGUUCUCCUUGUGGGGGACCUUCUGGCGUCUCCUCUUCCCUCUGGGAUUUUGGAACACCUUUACGUGUAGAGUAGACACGAGGGGUGGUGCUAGUACCAAGCCUUACACCCAGGAGCAGGUGGAGGAAACUGCGAGGAUCUUGGCCGAACGGAAGGCCAAGAAAGAGAAGAAAGAGUUCCUCAAGCAGGGGAAGUUGAAAGCAAUCGCAGAGGAGCAGGCGGCGAAGAAGAAGAAGCUAGAGGAGGAGAUGGUGAGGUUGCAGCAGGAAGAGGAAGAGAAAAGAAAGGCUGUUGAAGAAGAGGCGGCAACAGAGGAGGAGGAAGUAGAAGAGGAACCCCUUGAAAGGAGGCGUGGAGGAGACAAAGGAGAGACAAGUGGCACGAAGGGAGAGGACGCAUGGAUGGAGAAAAAGAUUAGCGAGUGGGUGGCAAACCUAUCGUUGGGGGAAGACGAAGAGGCACUGUUGUAUGUGCCCCAGGAGGAGAGAGAGGCUGGAAGCAAUGGAGAACCCCCUGGACCGCCAGACGGCAGAAGAUGAAAAGAAGUUGGAGUGGAAGUUGCGUAUGAUGAGGGAGAAGAAGAGAAGGAGGGAGGAAACCAAUCGGGUGGCUAGAGAGGUGGAGAAAGUCCAGGCAUGCGGAUAGGAGGUGCAGGCAGAGGCAGAAACCCCUGCGAAAUUAGAUAAGAUUUUGGGGUACCUGGAGGUUCUGAGUGAGGCCUGGCUUGAGGAGCAUCAGGCCAACGAGGGUCAAGAUGUGACCCUUCAUGCCAUCCGGACCGGGUUCAGAGAGUUUGCACACUGUCGAGCGCAUCGGUCCGGCACCACACAUGGCAGCGUGGGACCCUUCCCACUAG